AUGAGGUCCAACAGUAAAAAUACCCUUUUGAAAGUAGUGAUUCUCGGUGAUGGGGGUGUCGGGAAAAGUUGUCUUAUGAAUAGAUUUGUCUCGAAUCAGUUCGAUGAACAUUCCUUUCAUACAAUUGGCGUGGAGUUCCUGAAUAAAGACAUAGAAAUUGAUGGAGAAACUUACACUCUACAGAUCUGGGACACUGCAGGCCAGGAAAGGUUCAAAACACUGAGGACUCCAUUUUAUCGAGGCAGUGACAUCUGUAUGUUGACCUAUGCUAUAGAUGACAAGUCUAGUUUUAAAAAUAUCCAGAUGUGGAGAAAUGAGUUUUUACAUUACGCAGAUAUCAGAGAAAACACUCAAUUUCCAUUCAUCGUUGUAGGAAAUAAGUCAGAUGUACCGACAGAAGAAAGAGAAGUCUCGCAAUUGGAAAUGGAAACGUGGUGUAACGAGAACUCCAUAACGUCCAGCAUAGAAACGUCAGCUAAGAACGCCAAUAACGUUCAAGAAGCAUUCAAAAUGGCUGUUCAGCACUGGCUGCGACUGGAAUCUAGGGCCGAUAAAAUCGAUACAGCGAUGAAUGAUACUGUAGACUUGAGGAAAAAGCACUCAGAGAAUAGAAGUUCCUGUUGUAUAGGCUCAGGGGAUGAGUAG